AAAAAGGGGGGGGUUGUGGGGGUUCCAAGUUUGAAAAUAAAUAGAAAUUAUUCCUAAAAAUUAUAUGACCCGAAACCUGUAAUCGGGUCGGGUCAAACCCGUACAAAAACGAAUAUUCUUGGGAGCUAGGGUUAGGGUUUGGUUUGAAGAUGCUUCCAUACGUGUAUAUAUAUAGAGGGGGCAUUCCUCACAACCUCACAACAUCACAACACUUCCUUGAGGGCAGAAGCUGAGAGAAGAGUUUGUAAGGCUUAAGAAUAGGAGAAAAGAUGGAACAAACUUUCAUCAUGAUCAAGCCCGACGGCGUCCAGAGGAACCUGGUCGGUGAGAUCAUUGGCAGAUUUGAGAAGAAGGGUUUCUCUUUGAAAGGAUUGAAGCUUUUGAGCGUGGAACGUGGUUUUGCUGAGAAGCACUAUGAGGACCUGUCGUCAAAGCCAUUCUUCAAUGGGUUGGUUGAGUACAUCAUUUCUGGCCCAGUUGUUGCCAUGAUUUGGGAGGGCAAGAAUGUUGUUACCACUGGUAGGAAGAUUAUUGGAGCUACAAACCCAUCUGACUCUGCUCCUGGCACCAUCCGUGGUGACUUUGCUGUUGACAUUGGCAGGAAUGUGAUUCAUGGGAGUGACUCAGUGGGGAGUGCUAGGAAGGAGAUAGCACUGUGGUUCCCAGAAGGCCCUGUUGCCUGGAGCAGCAGCCUUAACCACUGGAUCUAUGAGUAAAAGUUAAAUAUUUUUGUGUGGGUUGAGCAUUUAGUAGCAGCCUGCCACCCCCCUUAGUUAUUUAUGUGGUUUGCGAGUCUUGUUUACUUUAAAUUGAGCAACUUGUUUCGAGUUGAUUAAUCGGAUCCUUAGAGGAUCUGUUUCCCAAGUUUAUGUUGUUAUGCCUCAGGCACUUUAAUUAAUAUAAUUGGUAUAAUUCAGAGA